AUGAAUGGAAUUAAUCUAAGUGGAAGUGAAAGAGAAAAUGGAAAUGAUACAGAAGAAAGUGAAGAAGGAGAAGAAAUGAUAGUAUUAGGAGGAUAUAAUCCUUGUACAUGGAAAAAUUCCAAUAAAUUAAAUAAUAAUAGUAAUUUUCUAGAUAGUUUCAUAUUUUCGUUUAAUUUAAGAGGAGAAGGAGGAGGAGAAGAUUUAAGAAAAGAAGCUAAAUUAAGUAGAAUUAAAAUUAAAGAAGAAGCUAUUUAUUGUUCCACAUUAAAUGGACCAUGUUUUGGAAGAGGGGAUCUUUGGAUGACAGGAAAAUUUGGAUCAUCAAAAAGGACUUCUUAUGAAUUUAGUAUUAUUGAUCAAGUGAAUUUUUUUGCUGAAGAUUAUGAAGUAUUUCAGAUUAAGAAUAUUUAA